CGUGGUUCGAUCACAUGACUUUGCCGCCUGCUUUGCUUCAGCUUCCGGGGGCAGAAAAAGACCCAGAAAACAGAAGACGUCGACGUCAACGUCAACGUCGACACCGGCGAGCGGGCUGGCGAGCAGCGCCACAAAAUGGCUGACUGACUGGCGCGGAUAAACGUCAAUAUCGGCGCAGCCGCUGAAGUUCUAACCGAGUGAGCGUCUGGGCGCAAUCCUUAGCGAGUGAUGUCGCUUCCGCUCAGAUGGCAGCGGCGGCGCUGUUGUACUUCCUGUUGGCGAGCACCGCGACCGCGGCGCCGGCCGAGCACGAAGUGGUCUGCCUUCCCGGGCUCCCCAAGCAGCCCGCUUUCAGGCACUACUCGGGCUACUUGAACGUGGCGGACGGGAAGCAUCUGCACUACUGGUUUGCGGAGUCUCAGAGUUCUCCGGUGUCCGACCCGGUGGUUUUGUGGCUCAACGGCGGGCCCGGUUGCAGUUCGCUGGAUGGAUUGUUGACGGAGCACGGACCCUUCCUGGUGGAGGACGACGGCGUCUCGCUCAGAGAGAACCCCAACUCCUGGAACAAGGUCGCCAACAUGCUGUACUUGGAGUCCCCAGCGGGGGUGGGCUUCUCCUACUCCGACGACGGCGCCUACGCCACCAACGACUCUGAGGUGUCCGUGCUCAACUACUUGGCCCUGAAGGAGUUCUUCCGGCUGUUUCCGGAGCUGAGCGCCAACCCGCUUUUCUUGAUGGGCGAAAGCUACGGCGGGAUUUACGUGCCCACGCUGGCCGAGCGGGUGAUGGAGGACGACGCCCUCAACCUGCAGGGCCUGGCGGUGGGCAACGGGAUGUCGAGCUACGAGCUGAACGACAACUCUUUGGUGUACUUCGCGUACUACCACGGCCUCCUGGGGAGUCGGCUGUGGAGCCGCCUGCAGAAGUCGUGCUGCCGCGACGGCCGCUGCGACUUCCACCGAAACCCCGACGUGGGCUGCUCGGCCGCCCUCGGCGAGGUUCAGGACGCGGUCUACGGCUCGGGACUCAACAUUUACAACCUGUACGCGCCGUGCCCGGGCGGCGCCCCCCGUGGCUUCAGUCGCUCGGCACGUCCGGCUCGUGUUUUACGUGUUUGCAGCGUGGAGCGAGGCCAGCUGGUGGUGCGAGACAUGGGCAACUUCUUCAUCCAUCACGAGGAGACCAAGAUGUGGCAGCAGAAACUCCGAGGCCUGGCGUCCCGCGAGACCCCCGUGCGUCUGGAGCCGCCCUGCACCAACUCCACGGCCGCCGCCCGCUUCCUGAACGACCCGCACGUGCGAGGCGCCCUGCACGUCGACGACCGGGCGCCCGACUGGACCAUCUGCAGUUCCGAGGUGCACCUCAACUACAGGCGCCUCUAUCUGGACGUCAGGAAGCAGUACCUCAAACUUCUGGCCGCCCUGAAGUACCGCGUGCUGGUGUACAACGGUGACGUGGACAUGGCUUGUAACUUCAUGGGUGACGAGUGGUUCGUGGAGUCCUUGAACCAGCAGGUGCAGGUGAGUCGGCGUCCGUGGGUGUACGAGAACGAGGACGGACGGCAGGUCGGCGGCUUCGUCAAGGAGUUUGACAACUUGGCCUUCCUCACGGUCAAGGGUUCGGGUCACAUGGUGCCGACGGACAAACCCGGGGCGGCGUUCGCGGUCUUCUCCAGGUUCAUCACCAAGCAACCCUUCUGACCUCGGUGAAGGCCCCAACCCCGUUACCGCGGUGACCGUGAUGAGCGUUGCCCGCUCCGUUGAAUGAUCUGCUGCUGCUCGUGAUUAUUUUUUUUUUUUUUAAGGCAAAAUAUACAAAUAAAAGCUUGACAAAUUUGUGAAA